AUGAGCGGCUUCAACAGGGCCAAGUCGCCAGAUGCCGAUGCCGAGCGUGAGGAGGAAAUGCAGUAUGGCGCAGUCGGCUUGACGAAAGAAGAGCUCGAGAAAAAGUACCCAAACAGGCCGCACAAUCACUCCAAAACCCUGCUCUUUUCCGAGCUGUUCCUCCAGCUCUUUAACCCGCUCAAUGAGAACAAGAAGCAGCCCGCGGCUGGUCCGGCUCGCAAGAAGGGCCCUCACGGCGCAACUACGCUCUCGCCGCAAGAGCAGAGACGCCACAUCAUCGAGAGAUUCAUCAACAGGUGGCGCAAAGAAGUCGGCAACGACUUCUAUCCCGCGCUGCGGCUGAUUCUGCCCGACAAGGACCGCGACCGUGGUGUCUACGGGCUCAAGGAGAACGCCAUCGGCAAGCUACUGGUCAAGCUCAUCAAGAUUGACAAAAACUCUGAAGAUGGCUACAAUCUCUUGCACUGGAAGCUGCCCGGCCAGACAAUGGCGGCUCGACUGGCUGGCGACUUUGCCGGCCGAUGCUACGAGGCCAUUUCCAAGAGACCGAUGCGGAUCGAGGUGGGCGACAUGACCAUUGCCGAGGUAAAUGAGCAGCUGGACAAGUUGGCCGCAUCGGCUGGAGAGGCGGAAAACCUGAGGGUAUUUGAGACGUUUUACAACCGCAUGAACGCCGAGGAGAUGCUGUGGCUCAUCCGCAUCAUCCUCAAGCAAAUGAAGGUCGGUGCCACAGAGAAGACUUUCCUCUACCUGUGGCACCCGGACGGCGAGACGCUAUUCAGCGUGUCGUCGAGCCUGAGGCGCGUGUGUUGGGAGCUGUACGACCCGGACGUCAGGCUGGAGCAGGAAGAAGCCGGCAUAUCGCUGAUGCAGUGCUUCCAGCCGCAACUGGCCCAAUUCCAGAUGCCCGCCUCUUUCCAAAAGAUGACGGAGCUGCUGCGGCCGACAGAGGAUGACGCCGAGUUUUGGAUCGAGGAGAAGCUGGAUGGGGAGCGAAUGCAGAUGCACAUGGUGGGUGAUGCCUCCCACCCCGGAGGCAAACGCUUUUGUUUCUGGUCACGCAAGGCAAAAGACUACACAUACCUAUACGGCGACGGCGUGCUGGACGAAAACUCCAGCUUGACGCGCCAUUUGAAAGACGCCUUUGCCCCCGGUGUUCGGAAUCUCAUACUGGAUGGGGAGAUGAUCACAUGGGACAUGGCGGUCGACAAGAUCGUCCCCUUUGGCACCCUGAAAACCGCCGCCAUUGCAGAGCAGCAGAACAAGUCCGGCUCCGACGCAUCAGGUCACCGGCCCCUGUAUCGCGUCUUUGACAUAUUAUACCUCAACGACAAGCCUCUCACGCAGUACACCCUUCGCGACCGGCACCGCGCCCUCGAAAAGGCAAUCAAGCCCGUUCACCGGCGCCUCGAAAUCCACGCGUACAAGAGCGCCACGACGGCCGACGCCAUCGAGCCCAUGCUCCGAGAAGUCGUGGCCAACGCCUCCGAAGGCCUGGUGCUGAAGAACCCACGCUCCAUGUACAGACUCAACAGCCGCAACGACGACUGGCUCAAGGUGAAGCCCGAGUACAUGUCCGAGUUUGGCGAAUCGCUCGACUGCCUCGUGAUAGGCGGGUACUACGGCUCCGGCAAGCGAGGCGGCACGCUGUCCAGUUUCCUGUGCGGGCUCCGCGUGUCCCAGAACCACAUACAGGCCGGCGACAACCCCGAAAAAUGCUACAGCUUCUUCAAGGUGGGCGGCGGGUUCCGCGGCGAGGACUACGCCGAGAUACGGCACCGCACCGAGGGAAAAUGGGUCGAGUGGGACAGGAGGAACCCGCCGACCGAGUACGUCGAGCUCGGCGGCGGGGAGGGCAGGCAGCUCGAGCGGCCGGACGUGUGGAUCCGGCCGCGGGACUCGGUCGUGCUCUCCGCAAAGGCGGCCAGCGUCGGCCCGUCCGACAGCUUCGCCAUGGGGUACACGCUGCGGUUCCCCCGGUUCCGCCGGCUGCGCCUCGACCGCGCGUGGGACUCGGCACUGUCGGUGGACGAGUUCGAGGAGCUCAAGCGCCAGGUGGACCGGGAGGCCAAGGAGAAGGCCAUGACGGUGGAGGACAGGAAACGCAGACACCCCAAGCGCGCCAAGAGGAGCGUCGUGAUUGCGGGCGAGGACGCGACGGCCGUGGCGUCCCGGGGCGCGGCGUCGCACGUGUUUGACGGUCUCGAGUUUUGCGUGCUCUCCGAGUCGCUCAGGCCGUGGAGGAAGACAAAGGCGCAGCUGGAGGCCGUCAUCAAGGAAAACGGCGGCGCCGUCUCGCAGCGGGCCGUCGCGGGCACGCGCAUGGUUCUCGUCGCGGACAAGAAUGUCGUCAAGGUGGCGAGCUUGAUCAAGGGCGGCAACGCCAAUAUUAUACGCCCCAAGUGGAUCAGGGACUGCGUCGAGCAGGGUGGCGAUUUUCUGCUGCCCUACGAGGAGGGCCACCUGUUUCACGCGACCGAGGCGCUGGGCGCUGUUGCGGCCAAGAACACGGACAUGUACGGAGAUAGCUAUGCGCGCGACGUCUCGGUGGACGGGCUGAGGGGGAUAGUGGGCGCCAUGCCCAAGGUGGAGGAGGCCUUUGACGGGGACCGUUUUCUGGUCGAGCUGGAAGAGAGGGGCAAGGGCAUCGCGGAGCUGAGGGGGUUCAUGAUGAGGCGGUGCGUGGUGCAUUUUCGAGCCGCGGACGGCGUGGACGGGCCGACGGGGAAGCUGGUCCAUUAUGUCAUGUACACGGGCGGCAAGGUGGUGGACAGCCUGCGCGAGGGCGUCACGCACGUGGUGGUCGUGGGCGACGACGCCAUGCAAGUCGGGGAGGCGGCGGACACGGCCAGGAGACAAGUGAGCCCCUGGGCCAAGGUGCCGCGUGUUUUGGGACAUGGGUGGGUUCUAGACUGCUGGAAGGAGAGGACAUUGCUAGACGAGGAGAAGUAUGUGAUUUCAUAG